AUGGCUGAGGCACCUGAGCAGCAGCAGCAGCAGCAGCAGGAGGAGGAAGAAGAAGAGCAGCAGCCACCAUCUGCUGUGAGUGUGACAGAGCCUGAUGAAGAGCCUGAAGAACCGAAGGAAGAUGUCCAGACGCCCCCGGCCCGACCUCUAUUGUCCAUGUCCAUGAGGUCCAUGAGCAGCGUGGACCCAGAGGACGACACCCCCAACAUGAUUGUCUACAGAAAGAUUGAAGAUAUUGUCACUUGCAUCCAGGAUGAGACAGAGGGUGUGCCCAUCAGAACGGUCAAAAGUUUCAUGACCAAAAUCCCCAGUGUUGUCACAGGUGCAGAUAUUGUGCAGUGGAUGAUGAAGAACCUGUCCAUCGAAGAUCCGGCUGAGGCCAUGCACAUCGGGAGUCUCAUCGCAGCUCAAGGGUACUUCUUCCCUAUUUCAGACCAUGUUCUCUCCCUCAAAGAUGACGGCACCUUCUACCGCUUUCAGGCACCAUAUUUCUGGCCAUCCAACUGUUGGGAGCCCGAGAACACUGAUUAUGCUAUUUACCUGUGCAAGCGGACCAUGCAGAAUAAGACAAGGCUGGAGCUGGCAGAUUAUGAGGCGGAGAACCUAGCCAGGCUGCAGAGAGCCUUUGCCAGAAAGUGGGAGUUCAUCUACAUGCAGGCUGAAGCCCAGGUCAAGAUCGACAGGAAAAAAGAUAAAACUGAGAGGAAGAUCCUCGACAGCCAGGAGAGAGCCUUCUGGGACGUUCAUAGACCUGUGCCUGGAUGUGUGAACACCACAGAGAUGGACAUCAGGAAAUGUAGACGCAUGAAGAAUCCUCACAGAGUUAAGAAGUCAGUGUACGGUGUGGUGGAGGAGGGAACACAGUCUCAGAGUCCCAUACAUACUCCCUCGCACCACUGCAGAAAAGGCACCAAGGAGGAUGUGGAGAAAGAGAUCUUAUUCCUGAACACCCAGCUAGACCGUCACUGUAUGAAGAUGUCUAAAGUUGCUGAAAGUCUGAUAAGCUACAUUGAACAGUACAUGGAGUAUGACCCUUUUCUGACACCGCUAGAGCCGUCCAACCCGUGGACCAGCGAUGACCCCUCCUACUGGGAUCUGGAGGCCAGUAAGGAGCCCAGUCAGCAGCGGGUGAAGAAGUGGGGUUUCUCUCUGGAGGAGGCCCUGAAGGACCCUGCAGGACAGGAACUCUUCCUCAAGUUCCUGGAGUCGGAGUUUAGCUCAGAAAACCUGCGGUUCUGGUUGGCUGUGCAGGAACUGAAGAGGAUGCCGCAACAGGACGUGGGACAGAGGGCGCAGGAUAUCUGGACUGAAUUUCUGGCUGAGGGGGCGCCUAGCUCCAUCAAUCUGGACUCUCACAGCUACGAACGCACGAGCCAUAACCUGAAAGACCCGGGACGAUACAGCUAUGAGGACGCACAGGACCACAUCUACAAGCUGAUGAAAAGUGACAGCUAUACACGCUUCCUGCGCUCCAACGUCUACCAAGACCUGCUGAUGGCAAGGAAGAAACCUGAAACAGAGCAGGGGCGACGCACCUCCCUGGAGAAGUUCACUCGGAGUGUGGGCAAGUCACUGACAGGCAAACGGCUGACGGGCCUCAUGCAGUCAUCCUGA